AUGCGUAUGAUGAGAUUAGCAAGAACGAUACUCCAUCCCCCAUGCGCUCUGGAAGCCGUCGCGUCAGCCGGCCUACAAUCGCGCUUCAACCACGCCCGCCCAUCUUAUGUCGAUUACAAUUCCGGCUACAAGGAGCAUAGGGAGUACAACGCACAAAACAGAUCUCGCGGGCAUCCGUUUGGCUCGACUCGCCAGGGAGCAUACGGGGCAGGAUUCAGACGCCCCGCGCGGAGAUCCUCAGACCAGGGACCAUUGGCCGAGGUCGAAUGGGGACAAUGCGAUCUGCCCAAGAUUCAGGAGAAUAUCUACAAAGAACAUCCGGAUGUAGCGGCUCGCAGUCAGGACGACUUGAAGGCCUGGAUGUCGAAGCAUAAUGUGAACGUCAACGGAUCAAAUAUUCCGAGCCCUGUCCUCUCUUUCGAAGAAGCCAAUUUCCCUGCAACAAUCUUUAAGCACUUGCAGGAAUUUAAGGCUCCAACUCCUAUCCAGUCAAUUUCUUGGCCGAUAGCAUUGGGUGGUCGUGAUCUGAUCUCUGUCGCCCAAACCGGAUCCGGGAAGACGCUGGCUUUCAUGCUGCCUGCCAUCCAGCGGCUCGCCUCUAGCCCGCGUACAAACGGGACUUCGGUGGUGGUACUCGUCCCCACAAGAGAACUUGCUCAGCAAGUAAGCCAGGUUUCAAGCCCGUUUCUCCAAAGCAUCAAUCGCCGCUUGGUGUGCCUGUAUGGCGGUGCGGAUCGUUUUGCACAAGAGCGCGAACUUCGUAAAGGCGCUGAUGUUGUCGUUGCUACACCGGGUCGCCUUAUCGAUAUGCUCGGAACCUCCAGCGUUGAUAUCAAAAACUGCAACUAUUUGGUGUUGGACGAGGCUGAUCGUAUGCUGGAUUUCGGCUUCGAGCCGCAGAUCCGCAACAUCGUCUCGCAAAUCCGGCCAGAUCGCCAAACAUUGAUGUUCUCGGCAACAUGGCCAAACGAUGUGCGCAAGCUCGCUUCUGCAUUCCAAAAGAAUGCCGUCUUUCUGAACGUCGGCUCAUUGGAACUCUCGGCUAACCCAGAUAUCAAGCAGCAUGUGAAAGUGGUUAAUGAUCGAUUCAAGGAUAAGGAGCUCCUGAACCUGCUGGAAGAGCUGAAUCAGAAGGGGUUGAAGAAGACGAUCAUUUUUGUGGCACAGAAACGGGAUGCCGAGCGCCUGCGUGCCCUUCUCAUGCGGGUCACGUCAAAGGCCAUGGCUAUCCACGGCGACAAAACCCAGAACCAACGUGAUUACUGUCUGCAACAGUUCCGCGCUGGGCACAUACCUUUGUUGAUCGCCACUGAUGUUGCGGCGAGAGGAAUAGAUAUUAGCGAUAUCGAAAACGUAAUUAAUUACGAUUAUCCGAACAACACCGAGUUUUACGUACACCGUAUCGGCCGAACGGGCCGAGCAGGAAAAACGGGAAACGCAUACACGUUCCUGACCAGUGAUGACGCCGACAAGGUUCCCGAGCUGAUCGGAAUUUUAAAGAAGGCUGGACAAGAAGUCCCGGAGGAACUUCUCCAGCUACAAAAUUAUAAGAAAAAAGGAAAUUCGAAUUGGAAGAAUCAAUUCGGCACGAUCAAGAAGUACCGACAGUAC